AUGGACACACCAGCAGAGGAAUGGCACGCCACUGGCACCAGCGGUACAUUUGGCUCUGAACAAGGAAUGAAGAAAAUGAGCAACAUCUAUGAAUCAGCAGCCAAUACCCUGGGAAUUUUUAACAGCCCAUGCCUGACUAAAGUGGAGCUGCGAGUUGCAUGCAAAGGCAUAUCAGACAGGGAUGCUCUCUCAAAACCAGAUCCUUGUGUUAUCCUUAAAAUGCAGUCGCAUGGCCAGUGGUUUGAGGUUGACAGAACAGAAGUGAUUCGAACCUGUAUAAAUCCUGUCUUCUCCAAGCUGUUCACGGUGGACUUCUAUUUUGAAGAGGUGCAGCGAUUGCGGUUUGAAGUCCAUGACAUUAGCAGCAAUCACAAUGGGCUGAAGGAAGCAGAUUUCCUCGGUGGCAUGGAGUGCACUCUUGGACAAAUUGUUUCUCAGAGGAAGCUCUCCAAAUCCUUACUCAAACAUGGCAACACAGCAGGAAAGUCAUCUAUAACAGUGAUCGCUGAGGAAUUGUCUGGCAAUGAUGACUACGUUGAACUUUCAUUCAGUGCACGGAAAUUGGAUGACAAGGAUUUUUUCAGCAAAUCUGAUCCUUUUCUGGAGAUUUUUCGGGUGAAUGAUGAUGCAACCCAACAACUUGUUCACAGGACUGAGGUUGUGAUGAAUAACUUAAAUCCAGCAUGGAAGACUUUUAAAGUGUCUGUAAAUUCUCUGUGCAGUGGAGACCAGGAUCGCAGGCUAAAGUGCAUAGUUUGGGACUGGGAUUCCAAUGGAAAGCAUGACUUCAUUGGAGAAUUUAGCUCAACUUUCAAGGAAAUGCGAGGAGCUAUGGAGGGAAGACAGGUACAAUGGGAAUGCAUUAACCCCAAGUACAAAGCAAAGAAGAAGAACUACAAGAACUCGGGCAUUGUCAUCCUUAACCAGUGCAAGAUACACAAGAUGCAUUCUUUCUUAGAUUAUAUCAUGGGAGGCUGCCAGAUACAGUUUACAGUAGCUAUAGAUUUCACUGCAUCAAACGGUGAUCCCAGGAACAGCUGCUCACUGCACUACAUCCACCCCUAUCAGCCCAAUGAGUACCUGAAAGCUUUGGUAGCUGUUGGGGAGAUUUGCCAAGACUAUGACAGUGACAAAAUGUUCCCAGCCUUUGGAUUUGGAGCAAGAAUACCCCCAGAAUACAAAGUCUCUCAUGACUUUGCAAUCAAUUUCAAUGAAGACAACCCAGAAUGUGCAGGAAUACAAGGUGUUGUGGAAGCUUAUCAGAGCUGCCUUCCCAAGCUGCAGCUUUACGGACCAACAAACAUUGCUCCCAUCAUCCAGAAAGUGGCAAAAUCUGCAUCAGAGGAGACCAACACCAAGGAGGCUUCGCAAUAUUUCAUCUUGCUGAUCCUAACGGAUGGCGUCAUCACAGACAUGGCUGACACCAGAGAGGCCAUCGUCCACGCCUCUCACCUCCCCAUGUCAGUCAUCAUCGUCGGGGUGGGCAACGCUGAUUUCAGUGACAUGCAGAUGCUGGAUGGUGAUGAUGGCAUCCUGAGGUCUCCCAAGGGCGAGCCCGUGCUUCGAGAUAUUGUCCAGUUUGUGCCAUUUAGGAACUUCAAACAUGCAUCCCCAGCUGCUCUAGCAAAAAGUGUUUUGGCUGAAGUUCCAAACCAAGUGGUGGACUAUUACAAUGGAAAAGGGAUAAAACCAAAAUGUAUGUCAGAGUACGAGUCUUCCAGGACACUAGCUCCAUGA